AUGUACCUCUUUGAUUUCAAGUUCUAUGCAAAAUCGAAACUUACAGAAAAUUUACUAAUUGGUGUUUUGGAUUUGGUUCUUGACAUCAUGGGAAAGCCUGCAAGAUGGUUAAAAAGUGUAUUACUUGGGAAGAAACCAUCUAAAUCUAGUGGUUCUAAAGAGAAGGAGAGAAUUGUGAAUGGGAAAGAGGUUGUGGUUAUUUCAAAGAUUGAAGAAUCCGAUGUGGUUUCGGAUCUUCCAUCCUUUGGGAAUGCAAAUGCAGCAGUUUAUACCAGUGGUAUGGUAGAGACACAGAAUCUAGAACAUGAAGUGGUUUCAGACGAAGAGAUACAACUUGCUGAGGUCCAACCAACAGUUUCUCAAAAUGCUGCUCCUGUUCCUGAUGAUUCACUAUCCGAAUCAGAGAAAAAUCAGCAAGAGAUUGCAGCCACAAUCUUGCAGGCUGCGUUUAGAGGCUACUUGGCUCGACGUGCUUUCUGGGCAUUAAAAGGUAUAAUAAGGCUACAAGCACUUAUCCGUGGUCACUUGGUUAGGAGGCAAGCUGUUUCGACUCUGUGCUGUGUUAUGGGAAUUGUUAGAUUGCAAGCACUUGCUCGAGGAAGAGAGAUCAGACAUUCCGAUAUCGGAGUUGAAGUUCAUAGGAAAUGCCUGUUGCAUCGUCAGCCUCUUGAUAAUAAACUCGCCGACUCUGUUGUUGAUACACAUACUUACCUGGGAAUCAAGAAGCUAACCGCAAAUGCUUUUGCUCAGAAGCUUCUUGCUUCAUCACCAAAUGUGAUGCCUUUGCACCUCGAGGUCCUCGACAAUGGUUCUUCCAAUUCAAUCUGGUUAGAGAACUGGUCAGCGUCUUGCUUCUGGAAACCAGUUCCUCAACCGAAGAAAGCAUCGGUCAGAAAAACUCAGAAGAAGUUUGCCAGUAAUUCUCAGAUAGCCGAGGCUGAGUUUGCUAGACCGAAAAAGAGUGUUCGCAAAGUCCCUGCUUCAAAUCUCGACAAUCCCUCGGCUGUACAGACAUCUUUUGUGUUUGAGAAACCGAAACGAAGCUUCCGCAAAGUUUCAACAACCCAAUCUGUAGAACCACCACCAGCAGCAGAAAAUCCUCAAGUUGAUCUAGAGAAAGUGAAACGUGGCUUGAGGAAAGUACAUAAUCCUGUAGUUGAGAACUCUAUCCAACCUCAGCAGAGUCCACAAAAGGAGAUUGAGAAGUCAAAUCCGGCUUUAGAAGAACCCGCGAAUGCGUUGGAUGAAGAGAAAAAAUAUGAAAUAGCUGAGACGGUGGUGGAACAGCCUGAGGAGUUGAUAAUACAAACUCAUGGACCUUUGGAAACCAGUGAAGCACUUGAUCCAACAUUGGUCAAUCAAAUCGAAGAGAGCGAAGAAAAUGUAAUGGCUGAGGAAAAAGAGUAUGCAAAAGAAGAGACAACACCCAAACAAAACAACAAUAAGGAGAAUUCAGCUGGGAAGGAGAAUCAGAAGUCCGGGAAAAAGGCUUCUUCGGUUACUACUACUGCUCAAACCGGCGAGUGUCAAGAGAAUACUAAUGGACAUCAGACUAGUAGCCCGGGAAUACCGAGCUAUAUGCAAGCGACUAAAUCCGCAAAAGCAAAGCUGAGGCUACAGAGCUCUUCUUCUCCUAAGCUACAAGUGGGAACUGAGAAAGCCAGUAGACGUUACUCUCUACCAUCCUCGGGUAACAGUGCAAGAGUCACUUCUCAUUCUCCCAAAACAACAAGAGUCUCAAACUCGGGUGGAAAAAGCGGGAAUAAGACCGAGAAACCUCUUCUUUCGUCCCGAGAAGGAAACGGGAAGACAACUCCUCCGGUAGAGUGGAAGAGAUGA